UGCGCCACGCAGACCAAAGCAACAGUUCUCUCGCGGAGACGGGAGAGACAGCGAGAGCGCCAUGGCCGGCGGCAGCGUGGCGGUCGCCGUGGGCGGCGGCGACGUCGUGUUCUGCGUCGUCAUCCUGUGCCUGUCCGUCCUGUCCAUGAUCAUCUUCGCGGCCGCCGCCUACUCCUCCGGCGGCGGCGAAGGGAAGCAGCGGCGCGGUCGCGCGAACGGGCCGGUGUUCGUCGGCGGCAGGGGCUGCGGCUGCGGCGGGUGCCGCGCCGGCUCCGGCGUCUGCGGCACCUACCUCUCCUGAAGUCCCUGAUCGAGCGGGCGGUCGCGCAUCAACGUAAACCCGCUGUACUCUUGCACAGGAGCGGUGGGCAUGCGUGUAAUAAGGAGCUGAAACUGAAAGCUUCACAGGCCCUGCACCAUGGCUGCUCUGCUCUCUCUUCUCUCUUCUUCUUUUUUCCUAGACUGUUCACUCUGCUUGAGUGCUUGUGCUUUUCUCUACUACACAGCAUCCUGUUAAUCAAUAAUCAAUAUUGUAAUUAGUUGAGGAGAUGGAGUACUUUUUCUUGAGUGAUUAUCCUUCCGUGCUACUAUCAAAUUAUCAAUGAUCCCCUGCUGUUGAUUAAUUCUCUGGCUCAUGGCUAAUGGAUGAAUGGUUUUGAAUUUU